AUGACAAGAGUCAGGCCCAUCGAGAAAAUGUUCGUCAAUGAACAAUCCACCGAUGAGUCUGCAAUAUUUUCGCCGAUUGAAGGGGUGAGGGUAUCGUCAUUUGCUACUGCAUCUUUAGAAUUGGAUAACAUUGCGAACGACAUAGUAUUUAUCGUGGUAACUUUAAUUGUGAUUGUGAAGCAAGGAACAUUUUGUUUGUCUUUGACGAGAAUCAGACAGGUCUUCAACGAUAUCCAUAUCUACAGCAGCACAUUAGACAACGACGAAGAGCAGAAGAUAUUGAAACACUGUUUCGAUAAUGAAAAAUAUUUGUUUAAUGUUCUCAUUUUACUUGCAUCUUAUAGCUAUCACCUUGAACAUGCAAUGGACUUAUGCGAAGCACAGAACGCAGCUGAGAGAUAUUCCAUUAUUUUUGCAAAAUUACUCAGAGCAAUAAAACUGCAAAAGCAAUCCAUCAAGUUGUUGAGGACCGUAAACGAAAUCUUUGGAACUUGUUAUGCAAUUUUGUUGCUUUUAUACGUGAUUGAUGUCACUCUUCAGUCAUACUAUGUAAUCCAAACAUUGAAACUACUGAAGAAUGAUAUAUAUGGAGUUAUAAUGAUGCUAAUCGGUGAAUUUGGUUAUAUGUACAUGAUUUCCUCCAUAGGGCAAGAUAUAGUCGAUAAUGCUGGCGAAGUUCUCCAAAAAGCUUACGAUAGUCUAUGGUACUUUGCACCAGUGCGUGCAAGAAAAUUACUAUUGGUUACAAUGAUAAACAGCACGAAACCGAUGGGGUUCACGAUGUUCGGAGGAUUAUACAAAUCCGGCUUCGAAUCAUUCUCGAUGGUAACUGGUUCAAGUAUUACCUUAACACGUUGA